UACUAACCCUAGGAUGUGUGCUACUGUACUACCAUUUUCUCAUGCCUUUUCUAGUCCAAAAUUCGUCCAUUCAUGGCGUCUCUACAGGUAAAUUCUGCAGGCGCGCACAGCCGGAGCCCGCUCUCUACGAACCACCACUCCACACACCCGCCUCACCCAUCCGCUCCAUUCCCUUCAAUCCCUUCCCCCGCUUCCUCGUCGCCCAAUCACCAUCACCUUCGCGGCAUGCUGACUCAGCAGCAGCUCGUGUCGCUGCUCCAACAAUCGACGGAAUCCGAAGCCCUCCCGCCCUCAUUCCGCCGCUACCCGCUCUCCUACCUCCGCACUCAGGGAAUUUCCGUUCCAGGCGAUUUCUUCUGCCCUCUCUCCCUGGACAUAAUGUGCGACCCCGUUAUAAUCGCAUCCGGUCAGACGUUCGAGCGCGCCGAGAUUGACCGGUGGUUCGCGGAGGGGAAGCGCGUGUGUCCGGUCACAAGGCAGCCGCUCGAAAAUCUCACCAUCCUGCCCAACAACUCCCUCCGCAGCGUCAUUUCCGCGUGGUGCCUCGGCAACGGAAUCAGGCUCGGCACCGACGAACGUACCAACCCUACCGACGCACCUGCCGAACCGGAUCGCCGAGCGUCGCUCCACGUCGACCCGUCGGCGUCUCCAAAUCUAAGGAGCCAUUCCAGCCGCGAAGCGCGCCGGCAGUCCAGCGGGUCGUACGAUCAGAGCCCGUCCGCGUCGCCCCGCUGCCCCAUUUGGCCCGUGUCGGCCUCGGUAUCCUCCCAGUCCCCCUCCGCAUCUCCCGGUUACACGCCUACUAGGAGCACCGGCAGUCCCGUUCCGCGCCGCGACUGGAACAAGUACCCCGGGAGGGACGAGUGGAGCGGCCCGCAGCCGCGGCGCGACGAGUGGUCCGGGCCGCAGUCGGUCGAGUUUGCGAUGCAAGCCGGCCUGGCGUCGCACGCGGAAUCGUCGCACGCGCAGACGUCGCAUGCGGAGGCGUCGCGCGGUCACGGCGCGGAAGGAGCGGCGUCGCAGGGGAGAGACGGCAGCGGCGGCUGCGGCGGAGGAGGAGCGAGGGGGGGGUCGAAUCGCGCGCCGCUACCCCUGGGCUCGCAGUCCAUGCGCUACGACUACCCCGACCACGCGGCGAUGCGGGCCGCGCAGUCGCAUUCCCUAAUCUCCUGGGACGACGACGGAGAUCAAUCGGACGGUCCCAAUCGACAUCAUCCGACGGCCAUGAACCCCGCUCUAGCGUACAUGACUCCCACGCACCCCGUUGCGGCCGUCUACGUCACUAACGGUUCCGGCAGCCCGACGGUUAGCCGGUUCUCCUCGCGCGACAUGUACCUCACAUUCGCGCGUUCGUCCACCUGCGACUCGAGCAGCAACAGCCGGUCGUUACUUUUAGGCCGGCAGCACGGGACGGCGCCGCCGGAGAGGGACAGCGAUCCCAGCGAUGGUGGUGGUGUUGGUGGCGGUGAGCGCGUGCUCACUCGUGGCGGAAAUUAUGCGGCUGCGCGGAGCCAGAGCCACAAGGAGCGGGCGCCGGGGGGAGGCCGCGCGGGGAUGGUACGCACUGAGGAGGAGGAGCACGCGCGGCUGCGCAUACCGGAUCUCGUGCGCCAGAUGCAGGGCGUGGGCGCGGGCCGGGGACUGGGGGGCGGCGAGGCGCUGCUGGUGCGCGAGCGGCAGCGCGAGGCGGCGGAAGAGCUCCGCCUGAUGGUGAAGGACUCCCGCGCGAACCGCGAGAGCAUCGUCGCGGCGGGCGGAGGCGUGCUCUCCGUGUUGAUUAAUCUCUUCUGGAGCGACGACGAGGCGACGGUCGAGCACGCUGUCACGGCGACGCUUAAUCUGUCGCUAACGUCGUCGUCGCACGCGCCGCUGAUUGGCCAGGGCGUCGUUCCCGCGCUCGUCGCGGCGCUCUCUGCCGGCGCUGCCGCGUCGUGCUGCUCGUCCCCCGUCGCGUCGCCGAGCGGCGUAACGUCUAGCUCGAGGGGGCAGCAGUGGGGGGGGGACCUGGCCGGAGUAGGCGCGAUGGCGGGCGGAAACGAAAUCGAUGGGGUGAGAAUGGCGGUUUCGCAGCAGGCGCAGGAAAACGCAGCGGCUGCGCUAUUCGCGAUAACGUCUUCGUCGGAUGCGAAUAAGUUACUCGUCGGUUCGACGCCGGGAGCCAUCGCAGGGCUUUCGGCGAUGCUUUCUCCGCAGCCGUGGUCGCUUCGCGGGCGAAAAGACGCGGCCUUGGCUUUAUUUAAUCUAUCCUUAUCGGAAAAGAACCGUCCGUCGCUAAUUUCCUCGGGUGUAGUUCCGAAGUUACUUGCCAUGUUACAAGAAUACGGCUCGGGAUUGGAGGAAAAAGCCACAGCAGUCCUUGUUAACAUCGCGAAAUCGCCGGCGGGCUGCGCGGCGAUUCAGAUUGCGGGGGGGAUUGCUCCGCUGGUGGAAGCGCUGGAGAGCGGAUCCGCGCGCGGAAAGGAGGACGCGGUCGCGGCGCUGCUGAUGCUGGCGGAAGACGAGAGCCGGCGGGACGAGAUUCUCGAGGAGGGCGUCAUGCCCACGCUGGUUGCUCUGCAGCAAUCGGGCACUCCGCGCUCGCGCGUCAAGGCUGCUCGCCUACUGGCUAUCUUCCGUUCUAAGAAAUGAAAAUAGCCUGCACUGUGUCGGCUUGGCUGGAUCUCAGGUUUGCAUGUUAAUUAUGACAUGCUCAAGUUGCAGGGUUGAGUGUGAGUGUAGCUCAAUGGGCUGGCUGAAUAUUGUGUGAAUAUGUUUAGGCACUGCCGUGCCGACCAGCAUGGGUGGAACAGCCUUUGACUGCUGGGAAGGGAAGGUCGUGGUGAGCUGAGGUGUAGGAGAGGUGGAAUAACAACCAGUUCGCCAGUGGCUGAAUGAGUGAGCCACUAUGGCCAUCAGACCACACGUGUUGCACGCCCUCGAGCCACUGACACUGCAAGAAGGUUUGCAAUUGCAGAUACAGAUUUUGUGCGGUGCCUCGGAAUAGAGGACCCGCUAUUUUUCUAAGUUCAUUUGUAAGAAGCUCUCUCAAUGUUGCUGAACCACCUUAUCCGGCGCGAGUUCCGUUCGGUUCGGUUUUGACGACGUCAGAUAAUAACCAGAAGUCCAGCCGGUAAUUCGUGACAGGCCAAACUAGCUGGACGCCUCGUCUCGCCACGUCCGUACCUAGCAGGAUCGCUUCUUAGCCAUCGGGCACGCUUUGCCCAGUCGGCUAUGCUGUCCUUCUCAGCUCGGGCCCACUUGGUACCCUUGCCUUUUACCGAGGGUGUGACUUUAGAGGUGACUCAGAAGUUACCAGUCUUGCCUCUUACCGCGGGGUGCAUCUGUUGAGUCGAACCCUUCCCUAGGUAACGUCGGUGGCCUCCCCCCGUACUCAUUCAUCACGGGGAGGAACCCUAAUCGUUCUGUA